AUGCACCAAAGACAUGUAUUAUAUAAUUCAAGUAAACAUCAGAAAAGGAAAAAGAUUGAAGAACUGCGCCGUGUAAGUAUUUUAUGAACAAAGAAGGAUUUAAGCAUGCAAAAUCAAAUAUUUUCCAGCUAUUCAUCGAAUUCGUCAAGUUCACUGCGUGCCUACAAGUUCAACUGAAUCAUUUUUGCUCAAAGGAAUUGAUUUUGAUAAACAAAAGAAGCUUUGUCGCUUUUCAAGAACAAAUAUUAUCGCAUAUUCGAAUCAGAAAUACUAAAGUAUGUUUUUAUCCGUAAACAGAUGCGAUAUCUCCCCUACACCACAUUUCUUUUUCCAGCGUGUGAUCGGCUUGAAUUUCAAUCAAUUAAUGAAGCUGUAUGGAGUGAUAAAUGAGCGAGAAAAGUGUAAAGCUCCGAAAAUAAUACGGAUAGCUAUAUUUUUAUUGUUUUCAAAAAAUGGUAAGUGGUAUUCUAAAAACAAAAACAAAAAAUUAUUUUCAGGCGUAAGCCAACAUGCGCUUGCAAUCAGAACAGGACUUAGUCAAACAACAAUUCAUCGAAUAAUUCAAGAAUGUUCGACUGAUUUGAUUAUGCAUGCGCGAGAUCUGAUAAAAUGGCCAUCAAAUGACGAAAUUAUCACUCAAGAGAAUUACUGUUUGAGUAUAUCGAAAGGAUUCAGAGCAUUUGCGAGUAUUGAUGGAAAACACUUUCGUAUUGACCAUCCACCGAAUUCCGGAGUUUAUAAUAGGAAUUACAAGCAAUACUUCAGUUUCAACACUCUUUUCAUAAGUGAUUUCAACCGACGUAUCAUUUAUAUGCAGAUAUGCAACUCGGGGCAGAAUUCGGAUGCUCAACUUUUUGCGGCUUCUCCUCUCAAAGGAUUUCUAGAAAAUCCGAAUAAUUUACCACCUUUGCGAAACCUUCCGAACACGACGAUUCCUGCUAGUGCAUAUAUAUUAGGAGAUGGAGGAUUUAAGUUAAUGAAACAAGUUAUCACACCAUAUAGACGAUUGAAUAUGACUCCCGAAAAAGCAAAAUUCAAUACUGAACUCAGCAAAAUUCGCGUUCGGGUCGAACAUUUAUUCGGGGUAGUAACCAGCAAAUAUCGAUGUUUCCGAAAAAACCUCGAACUGGCACCUUCAAAUGCUCAAAGGCUGAUAGCUGCACUUUCUGUCCUUCACAAUCUAACUCUUCGGCCAAAAAUAUAUGCGACACAAAAUCAACAAAUUUUCCCGCCGAUAAUUGAUCCAUAUAAAACUGCGAAUGAGUUUCGCGAUGUUAUUAAAAGUCAUGUAAAUUCUUUUUGA